AUGCAGACUGCUUCUACAAACAUUUGUGAAAGAAUGGAUCGCUUUCAGCUCAGUGAAUACAAACGUGGUACUGUGAUAGGUUGCCACCUGGGCAAUAAGUCCAUCCGUAAAAUUUCCUUGCUACUAAAUAUUCCACAGUCAACUGUUCGUGGUAUUAUAACAAAGUCGAAGCAACUGGGAACAACAGCAACUCAGCCACAAAGUGAGCAGAGUCAGCACAUGCUGAAGCGCACAGUAUGCAGAAGUCGCCAACUGUCUGCAGAGUCAAUAGAUAAAGACAUCCAAACAUCAUGUGACCUUUGGAUUAGCACAACACUGCGUAGAGAGCUUCAUGGAAUGGGUUUCCAUGGC